AUGGAUACUCGGAUAUCUCAAUACUUUUGCAUAUUUUGCGAGAAAUGCACUCAUUUUGAGUGCUUGAGUGAGGCGUACGACCACUACAACCAUCACAUGAAAGUGCAAUACUAUUGCGUGGACUGCGAUAACGACCGCAAAUGCAAUGCAAAGCACAGCCCGGAGGGGGAGUUGGAUGCGGUCGACGCCGGACUCAUCCAGAUGUGGACCGAGAGGUUCCUCUCAUAUCAGAGCGAAUUGAUUGAUAAGACUUAUUCGGAUCUCUUCCGAAGCUGUAAACUCUUCACCGGUUGUGCCGUCUGUCAGACAUUCCUCCGUCUCUGCACUCAGAAUGACAUAAAGUAUAGCAAAGGAGACAUCCAGUGGUCGCACAACGAGGCCCUCAGCAAUGAGACGAGACAUGUGUGCAGUCAUCUCCGGUACUAUCCAUUCGAGUGUAACAAAUGUGAAUCCGACGGACGCUAUCACAAGAAGUGCGAUAUGUCUGAAAUCACGCGACACAUCCGCAACAGCCACUCGUCCACUCUUAAGACUACGAGUUUUGAUUCAUUAGUCAAAUCCGUGAAAAUCGCAAAACUCGAGAGUUUUAUUCAGUACUGCUUUGAGAACCGGAAGCAAAACGUUCAGAGCAUCGCUUCCAACGCACCGGCAGUCAUGACACCCACCCGGACAUCGAAACGACUGUUGACUCAAACCCCGAAACCCAUCCCAAUUGUGUCGGUCUCUAAACCGAAAAAACCCAAACUUGAGACUCAAAUGGUUGUCGCAAACAAUGGUAACGAAAGUCAUAAUAACGCGAAAUCAAAAGAGACCAAAACCACGACAAUCUGUAGCGAUAAGAAUGAUGUUGUCCUUAGUCUCAGAAAACCCAAGACUUCUAACCAUUCUUUAAAUAAUUCGUUAAGUUUUACGCAAAACAAAAUUAUUAUCAAUAAGCCAUUGAAUGGUAACCAGAAAGUGACCAAUUCUUUGUCCAAAUCUGCGGCUAAAGUCGAGAUUAAGUUUAAACCAAUUGUGAAGACAUAUUCGCAAAUGAAUAACACGAAACAAAAUCUCAUUUCUGGCGAUCAAAUCAUUAUAAAGAAAGUGCCGGAAGUGAACAACAAAGGCAUGAGUCUUAUCAACAAAACGGCUCUCAAUUCUGCCAAGAUGCCUACAAAAGAACUGGCGUACGAACACAUGCAAAGACAUUUAGAUUACUUUCCUAUCAUAUGUCUCACUUGCGGUGAAGGGCUCACAGAUUUGCAGUCAUUUAUGAAACAUCACCGCCAAUCACAUCCCGAAGCAGUUAAGGGUAGAUAUAAGAAGAAAGAGCAGCCGGUGAUGGAAAAGUGGAUCGCAUCGUAUCUGUACUCUCAGACCACAAUCAUCCGGUCGUUUCCGCCGCGAGAGACGUGUCCGGUCUGUGAUCGGGUGUUCUCGCGGACUGAUAUCCAGAACAAUAAGCCCCGCAGAUGUACCAUCAAUAGGAAAAUCGAUCACUUGUAUAGACACUUGAGUUAUUUGCCGUAUGAAUGUGUUCUGUGUAAACAGAGUGGGAGUGAGUUUUUGGUGGCAUAUUUUGAGAGCAAAGCGCACAGUCAUAUCAAACUGAAACACCCGGAGAUCGACGACAAUGAGUCCCGUUGGCAUGUUUUUCAGAAAACCAUUUCAAUCCCCAAAUUGGACGAGUUUAUCGAAAACUAUCUAGCACAAUACGGUAUUUCUAUGCAAUUGGAAAGGCGUCCCAUAAAGAAGGCUAUGAAAUACAGUUCGCCCACCGAUUCAGGCGCUAAUAAUUCAGAGGAUAAGAGUUCUCUGGACAAUAUUGUGGUCGACGUCUCGCCUCUCAAUAUGAUCUAUAAAACGAUUCCCGACGACAGCGAAGAAGAGCUUUAUUUUUGUAUAUUUUGUUCGGAAACGAAAAACUUCUCAAAAAUCGACGCCUAUUCCCAUUACGGGCAACAUUUGGACUAUUUUCCCGUUUUGUGUAAAAUCUGUUGGAAUAAGUUCGAAGAUGUGGACCGUCUUAUGGCUCACCACCAGUCAGACCACUCGACGCAAGACAACGUUGACUAUGAGAUAUGCGAAGACCAGUCGCUCGUCAAAUGGGUCAAUGAGUUCCUCGACUCGCAGCUCGCCGUCAAGAAAGUGAUGCCCUGUUCUUGUGGUUACAAUUGUCCCGUUUGUAUGAAAUUAAUGGCCAUUCAGUCGGUGGAGGGCGCCGUUCCGUGCGCUCAACACAACGACGUCUUAUUCAGUGUUCACAUCCAUAAACAUCUCAAUUACUUUCCCUAUGAAUGCAAUACUUGCAAACGAAACGGCAAAUCAGUUCGAGUGCCAAACCUGGACUCCAUUGCCAUGAAUCACAUGAGGGAACAUAACAUAGAGAGCGCCUCCAUGUCUCAGGUCGUCAAGAAUUUUCCCAAAACGUUAGUCAUUCCCCGUCUCGAGAAACUGAUUGGCGAUUGUGUUCAUCGGAAACGAGUCGGAGAGAAGAAGAAUCGCAUCGAUUUGAGUCAAUUGAAUGCUUUGCAGCCAACCCUUGCCGACACCAAUUCAUUACCGCUAAUAGCGCUCAAUAACGAGCCCUCGACCUCAACAUUCAAUAAGACACAACACAUACGCCUCGAAGGCGGAAGAAUUGUUAAUUUGCCGCCAAAGACAUCGAUUACAUCACAAUCAGUCACAUCCAGGAAAGCCUAUUCUGUGCUCUAA